AAGAUUACAGUCAUGACUAAACAACUCGUAGGAUUGCUCAUGGUUUUCGUCAUGUUUACCCUCGCCUCAGGUCUUAUGCAUGACCGUAAGACGCUGGAGAUGAAAAGGGGGAAGGAAGAACACAUCACUGACUCAAGAUCUGUCAGUCGGGUGACUCUGUACAAAGCAGAAACUGAUUUCCAAAAUCAGACAGAGGACGAUGAGCUCUUCAAGGACUGUUCCCCUUAUGAGAAGGACAGAGGCUGCAAACCCAAGAGCAGCUCUAUGUUUUCUUCUCGAAUUGUGGACAGUGGUGUCUUUUUAACCGCUCUUGCUGCGUGUGAAUCAGGAUAUUACCUUUUGGAUAUCGUCGGUGACACUGUGAUCAAGAAGGUUGUGUUUGUUAAAGAAGUCCAGAACCUCCAUCAGUUUACCGCACCUCCUUUAUUCUCUGUAGGGUCACAGAAGCCUCCUGAAAGCAAUGCUCUCAAAGAAGAUUCACUGGGGAAGACGGUGUGCAUCGCAUUGGGCAUCCUAGUGGGCAUUUUGGCUGUCUUGGCUGUCUGUGGUUUUAUUUGGUGUAAGAGGAGGAAAAGAAAUCUUCAGGAGAGUUUUCAUUCUGUGUACUUUGCGGAGGAUCCGAAGAACAUUAAUCCCAGUACAGUAAAUGAAGCAGGUGAACAGGAUGCUGAUUCCUACAAGAUGGUCAAUGAAGAACAAGGCUUGCUAAGACCUGAGAACCUGAACCACCCUGAAUUAAUGAGCGGACUGAGAAAGGAGGACCAGGAAGACCCAGACAGUGCUUCAGAUUCCUGUCCGAAAACCAUGGAUGAUGAUGAUGAUGAUGAUGAUGGUGAUGAUGAUACUACUAAAUGUAUAAAUAAGUAUAUAUAUAAUAAUUGUAGUGAUGUUGGUUAUGAUAGUUAUAAUGAUGACAGCAGUCAUAAUGGUGAUGGUAAUGAUAAUUAUACAGAUGAUGAUGAUGAUGAAAAAUGUUGUGGUAGUGUUAAUGGUGUUUAUACUAAUCAUGAUUAUGAUAAAAGUAAGCAUAUUUAUGAAAACAGUAAUGAUGAUAAUAUAACUGUAGAUGAUAGUAGGAAUAAUUAUCAUGAUGUUAAUGGUGAUGAUAAUAGUAUGAAUGAUAUUAAUAAUGAUAAAACUUGUGAUGGUGUUGAUGGUCCAGAUGAUGGUCAUUGUAUUGUAGUUAACUGAUCAUAUAUUUUUGUUUUGGAAUAAUAUAUAUA